AGAGUGUAGCUAUCUGAUUCCUGAUCAUCUCUGUCAUUAAUUAUGGCUGUGUGGGUGUGCACUCAGCAUUAUAAUCUGUUCCACAGAUGUUUAUUGAGCCACCUCUCUGACUCCUCCUGUCCGGGUUUUGGGAGUGCCUACCCUCAAGCUGCUUACAGACUGGGAAAGGAACAGAAAUGCCAGUGAGCAGUUACAUACACAGUGGUGUCAAAAUCAGUGGUUCUCAGACGUGUGUGUGCACCAGACUCACUUGGAGGGCUUGUUAAAAUACAGAUUGUUGGGCCCAAUGCCCAGAAUUUCUGAUUCGGGAGAUCUGGGAUGAGGUCCAAAAAUCCGUGUGUCUCUACACUUUGAGAUCCAGUGAUCAAGAUAAAAGUGUAAUGAAAACUUAGGCCAGGUGGGGUUCAAGAAGGCUUCCAAAGUGUGAUGCUGAGCUGUGUGAGGCAAGUGAAGAAGCGGAAGGGCAUUCCAGCCAAUGGAGCAGCCUGUUCACAGCACAGAAGCAUGGAGGAUUGUGGUGUGUCUGAGGAACUAGAGUUGAAAUGAAAAAGGCCUUUGUGGGGGUGUGGCCGAAAAUGGAAAGAGAAGUCAACUUGCCUAAAGGGCCUGUAAACGAGACAGGGAAAUGCUCAGAUUUGUGUCACAGGAGGAUCCCUGAUUGCCAUGUGGAUGACAAAUUGGAAAAGCAGAGUUAGGAUCCUGUUGCAAAUACUCCACAGGAGAAAUGCUGGACCAGACUUAACAGGGGCAGCGGGAUAGAACAGCUCAGAGCCUACAGCUGUAGAGUUGGCAGAUUUUCCUGUUUUUCUAGGGUCUAUUAGCCUUCACUGAUUGGCAAUGGACUUACCUUUGAACAUAGACUUUCUUGUCAUUGGAAGGGAGUGCCUGUAGUCUUGCUGGGAGUGACAGGUUAACACCAUUUCGUGAUUUCUGACCCUGCCCCCAACAGUGGGGCAGAGUGGAGGAAGGAGGAAGAGCCUAGAAGGCAGGUUCUGUGUGCCUGCCUACACCUCUUCCUCCUGAACUCUGUCCUCCCAGAGAAGGUGAUAUGAUGUGUCUUUUACUCUCUGCCCUCCUUUUUUUUCCCCCACUUAGUCAGGACUUAAAUAUUGUAUCUGCCUGACCAGGUUGCCUGCAGUGUCCCAGGAAGAGGGGGGAAGAGGGCAGAAGGAUUUGUUUGCCUGACGGUGGAGGGAGGAUUAAUAGAUGGUAGCUACUCCUGGUGGCCAGAAUGGAGCUGUGGCCGGGGGUAUGGACUGUGCUGCUGCUGCUGCUCCUGCUGCUGCUCUUCCUGCUGCCCGCCCUGUGGUUCUGCAGCCCCAGUGCCAAAUACUUCUUCAAGAUGGCCUUCUACAAUGGCUGGAUUCUCUUCCUGGCUGUGCUCGCCAUCCCUGUGUGUGCUGUGCGAGGACGCAACGUUGAGAACAUGAAGAUCUUGCGCCUGAUGCUGCUCCACAUCAAAUACCUGUAUGGGAUCCGAGUGGAGGUGCGUGGGGCUCACCACUUCCCUCCCUCACAGCCCUACGUCGUGGUCUCCAACCACCAGAGCUCACUCGACCUGCUUGGGAUGAUGGAGGUACUGCCAGGCCGCUGUGUGCCCAUUGCGAAGCGUGAGCUGCUGUGGGCUGGCUCUGCUGGGCUGGCAUGCUGGCUGGCAGGAGUCAUCUUCAUUGACCGGAAGCGCACAGGGGAUGCCAUCAGUGUCAUGUCUGAAGUUGCCCAGACCCUGCUCACCCAGGAUGUGCGGGUCUGGGUUUUUCCUGAGGGCACAAGAAACCACAAUGGCUCCAUGCUGCCCUUCAAACGUGGCGCCUUCCACCUUGCCGUCCAAGCCCAGGUUCCCAUUGUCCCCAUAGUCAUGUCCUCCUAUCAAGACUUCUAUUGCAAGAAGGAGCGCCGCUUCACUUCGGGGCGAUGUCAGGUACGGGUGCUGCCCCCAGUGCCCACAGAAGGGCUGACACCAGACGACGUCCCAGCUCUGGCUGACAGAGUCCGACACUCCAUGCUCACCGUUUUCCGGGAAAUCUCCACUGAUGGCCGGGGCGGUGGUGACUAUCUGAAGAAGUCUGGAGGGGUGGGGCGAGGCCCGGCUCUGAACUCCCCUCCCAUCUCCCCCCACCUUGCUCCCACACCUACCAGCCCACUGUGCCCUGAAGCAGGGCCAAGCCCUCUUCCUUGUUUCUCCUCUCCCCACUGUUCCCCUGUUUGGAAUCUUCAACUUCUGAAGUGAAUGUGGAUACAGCACCACUCCUUGCCCCUUCCCAGCUCCCCACUCGCAUAUACUCUCCUGCCUUGGCGCAUUCUCCACUCUGACCCCCACCCACCUCCUGUGCCAUUUUGUCUGUGGGAUGGUUGCCUCCCCAUCUCUAGUGGCUCACCUACACGAGGGUGUGAACACACCAUCCUUUCCCCAGUGGACAUUUUUCCUUUGUGAUCUUCUCUCCCUCUCCACCCCACAUUGGCCAGUGGACUCAUCCAUUCUGUUGACCAGUACCCUCCCACAGGUCCACAGAUUCAGUGGACUUCUCCAUUUGUGUGGACUCCUCACACUGUGGCUGGAAGCAAUGCCUGGAACAUUCCUGGCUUAUCCUGGGAAUACUCUUCAGCACCCUCACACUCCCUCCCAUGGAGCCUCCUGUUAGUGGAGGCUGGACUUUUCUCACAUAGAGGCCUCAUCCUGCCCAUACCCAGGUGCCCAGGGGUGAGCCUACUCCUAGAUGCCAGUUUGGUCUCCACAUUUCUGCUUCCCCCUGUCCCUGUGGUACGGUUCUUUAGUGGUCCUGGCCCCAAUCCAGUCCCCUGCAGCCCUGCUGUACCAUUCUAACCACACACAAGGGAAGAGGCAGACAUCAGGUGCUGCAUUCACUUCUGCUCCCUGGGGAGUUGGGGAAAGGAACUGAACCCUGGCUGGAGGGGCUGGGAGGGCUUUUAAUUUAUUUCUCUUUCUUUUGAGGCUUUCCCUCUCUGAGCCAGUUUUCAUUUCCUCCCGUGGCAUUAACCACUCCUGCCUCGCACCCCAGACCUGUGCCCACAAACUGGAGAGGUGGGCUGGGAGCAAAAGGAGAGGGCGGGACCCAGUUUUGCGUGGUUGGUUUUUAUUAAUUAUCUGGAUAACAGCAAGAAACCGAGAAUAAAGACUGAGAGAGAGAGA